AUGGCUGGAGACCGUAAAGGUAAGAUUAAAGUGUCUGAGGAUGAACUGAAGAAACUCCUUCUAAUUAAAUGGUGUGUUUUGGAAACCACUUGUUUAAGAGCUCCUGGUGUCAUUACUAGAAAAGUGGUGAAGAUGGUUAAAAUUUUGAGUUACACUGUUCCUUCUGGUGACUUGUUGAUGUUGUCUCGGUUUUGGCUGCAUAGAAAUCCAAAGUAUUUUCCUGAACCCGAAUUGUUCAAACCGGAACGUUGGGAAAAGGCAAAUUUAGAGAAGUAUGCUUUCUUGGACUGCUUCAUGGCUUUUGGAAGUGGGAAGUACCAGUGUCCUGGAAGGUGGUUUGCUCUUUUAGAGAUUUAAAUACGUAUUAUUUUAAAACUGUAUAAAUUUAAUUGUAAUCUUCUGAACCCAUUACCAAAACAGGUAAAGCUUUCUCCAUUUGGUGUCCCCCAGCCAGAAGAGCAAUGCUGAACUGAAUACAAACAAAAAAUACGACAUCUGCCUCAAGAGGGCCAGGGCCUUCUGGAGGAGUGA